CUUACAUUCGUCCGCCAUCCAUGCGUGGGGCAGGCGACAAUCCAAAGACGAACGAGGACACGUCGUCGGUGACUCCGUCGCUCGUAUCGGCCUUGAUCGACACCGACUUGAAUCGAGUGUUUCGAUUCCUUCGUGGCUACGCCGCGCGAUCGAAACUACGGCGGCUCGAGCGCGAGCUCCAAGUAAAAACACAAGCUAUGGCGUCGCAUGCUGCAAACGACGCCACGCCCGUGCCACCCGCAUGGGGGGAGUUUGCGAACGAUGCAUACGAAAUCAUCGAAAUCCUCGGCGAGGGCGAAACCGAGCAGUUAGAUGCCCUGCGACGGGAGAUUCUCGCGGUGACACGCGAUGUCGAAGCUGCCAAGGCCGAUGGCCCAAUUACGGGCAAUGACUUGUCGCAGGCUCUCAAAGAAAUGAACUUGCCGUUGUCCAAGGCGGAAGUAGAGCACAUGAUUUGGGAAGUUGACGAGGAUAUGGACGGAUGUGUGAGCAUGACCGAAUUCAAGAACAUGUUUACCCGAUGCGUGCACGACUCGCAUGGCAUCGAGCCAACACAGCUGUAUCAUGUCGUCCAGUUCCUCAUUUAUGACCAAGACUUCAGCUUCAAUCUCACAGGUGCAUUCCUCUGUGUGAAGUCGUGCGACAAUGCGGUUCUUGCAUCUAUUGGUGCGUGCUCAUGCGCGUGUAGUUGGGGAGAUCGCCCAACGUUCCAACGUUCGGCACAAUUCCGAAUUGCUCGCGCGACAACUCUCGUCGUUGUUUGGAAAAGAAGCCCCUGAGACCCGCGUUUCAUUGCCAACGUACUGGGCAGUUGUAAAUACCACGAUGCCCAACUUGUUUAAUUGAGUCAAUCUUACAUGACGACAGUCCAAGUCGACCCCCCCUCCACACGAUUCUUUAACCUCCCUUCGAGCAAAUUACAACUCACUCCACACCCU